CGUGAAUUCAAAAGUGCGCAAAUAAUAUUGUUCUACUCACCAUUGGGCGAGAGCAAAGCGAUCAGAGGGCAGAUUGUUAUGUAUUGGUUCAUUGAGGAUUUCGUAAAAGGCGAUUUUUUGGCGCUUUAUCAUGGCUCGGAAGAUAAAUUUCUUUUUAUUUAUCACCCUGCAGAGAUGAGCGGUUAUAUAAAAACAGGAGUGUUGCCUUCAAAGGAAAAUUAUUUGAUGGAUUCUACCUAUGUUGAACAAUGCACAGGGUAUAUCGGAGCUUGGUUUAGAAAUGAUAUUCUAAGAAAAUCUUCUUGCCUGUCUACACAUCCCGACUGGAUGAGUAAACAUCGGGAUAUUUUGAUGAAUAUGACACUUCAGGAGUUGUUUAUCCCAGGUACUCAUAGUUCUGGAUCGUACAGUGAAGAAUUGCCGCCGACAAUUCUUCAACGAUACACAAUUACACAGGGUAAGACUAUUUUGGAUCAGUUAAUUUCGGGUAUCCGUUACCUAGAUCUACGACCGUGUAUUAUUGAUGACGAAUUCUGGAACUGUCAUGGAGAAUACGGGAUUCAACCUUUUCAAAAAAUAAUUGACGACAUUCUAGAAUUUAUCGUCAAUACCAACGAAAUAAUUAUCGUCGGUUUCAAAGAAUUUCCACGGGGAUUUUAUACGAACAAGAAUUACAAUAAAUUUUUGGACUACAUCAGACGAAGCCUAAGACCUCAUAUCUUUCCCUACUCAACAAACGGGAAAACAACUCUAGGUAACAUUUGGGAAAAUGGGAAAAGGAUUAUAUUAUCUUAUUGUGGGGAGUACAACGGCCACAGACAAUUAUUAUGGACCGUAGUACAUCACCAGUGGGGUAAUGUUCAAAAUAUAGCACAACUCGAGGGAUUCAUCACUAAUUCGGAAAAUGACGCGAAAAUGUGCACUUUAAAAGAUAUCUACGGUCUGAACCUGAGAGCGAUGAUGGCGGUGAUAACAUUGGAUUCUUCAAUGAUAAUAGUAGAUGCUGCGCUUUACUAUUUUGGAAGUGGUAGAGAAUCAUUGCGAGAACUCGCUGUUGAAAUUGGCCCUCUGGUUACCAUGUGGUUCAACGAAGAACACUUCUGGACAGCGAAUAUUGUCGCGGUUGAUUUUUUUGAUACUACUGGACUCAUCGAAAUUGCUAUUAAUAGCAAUAUUAAUCGCGCUAGAAACAAUUUCUAG